AUACUCAUACUGGUCACAUUGAGACGUUUCCUCAAAGAUGUUUAAGUGUAUACUUGUAUUAUUCGUGAUUAAUAAUUAUGUAUUUGGAUCUAAACAUUGGGGAGAUAAACAGAAGUUGACAACUGUAGCUUCAUGGAAACAACUGAGUUAUUCUAUUGAUGGAGUUAUUUAUUCCAAAGAUACAGAUGACAAAAAUGUACCUAACAAAAGCAACAAUGGAACGGUGAAGUCCGAGAAAUUCUUUAUACAGUACAACAAUGUACCUUCUGGCGUGGAGUUGGAUAACAACAGAGUGUUUGUCACAGUACCUAGGCGACAAUAUGGAAUUCCCUCAACCAUAAACUUUAUUCUACCAGACCAAUCAUCUUCGGUAUUGUAUCCAUUCCCAAGCCCACGUUAUAUAGAGCAGUUCGUCUCUGUAUACAGACCGAGAAUCGACGACUGUGGACGCAUUUGGUUUGUCGAUACUGGAUUAUUGGAAAUACCUGGAGAAAGAAAGCAAGUUAAGAAACCAACCAUCUACGCCUUUGAUCUGAAAAUGGACAAGCUAGUGGUGAAGUAUGAACUCAAGGACACUGAUCUGGUCAACGAGAGGACACCAGGAGGUUUAACAUCAAUAACAAUAGACGUCUCACCUAACUGCUGUAACGACGCAUACGCAUACAUUAAUGACCUAGCCACUUCCGGAAUGAUAGUGUACUCGAUGAAAGAUAAUGACAGCUGGCGAAUUGAAGACCCCAGCUUUAAAUACCAAAGCAGUGCUGUGAAUUUUACUGCGGCUGGCUAUUUAAUAACCUGGCAAGACGGUUUAUUCAGCAUUGCCCUAUCAGAGCCAGAUGAUAAAGGCAAAAGAACGGCUUACUACCAUUCCCUUGUAUCCACCCAAGAAUUUGCAGUCGACACUAAGAUCUUGAAAAGCGGAGUGCGAAACCUUAAUGGAAAUAGCAUGCUCCUAGGCAACCGAGGACCGCUAACUCAAAGCGGUUCCCAUGAUUACCAUCCCGAAACCAGAAUUCUAUUCUUCGCCAACGUCGCUCAAGACGCCAUUCUCUGCUGGAGAACAGAUACUGCUCUGACAGAAGAUAACGUUGGUAUUGCUGCACAGGAUCGGAAGAAAUUGGUCUAUAUUUCUGAUCUUAAAGUGAUCAAAGAUGAAGUAUGGGUGCUCGUGAAUCAAAUGCCAGUAUUUAUUUUCUCCACUUUGAAUCCUGAUGAAGUCAAUUUUUACAUACACAAGGCCAAUAUACGUGAUUUAAUAAGAGGUACUGUCUGUGACAUCGGGCACGAUAAAUGAAACUUAAUUGAAGAAUUAAAAUUCAUGUAAAU